AGUAGAGAAAAGGCACUUUGCUGCCAUCCAAAUCUUUUAAACCAUCAUGAUUCCAGAAAGGGAACCACACUCUGUAACAACUUCAACCACUGAGACAUGACAGACCAAAUCCCAGAGCCAGCAGCACAAACACUGCACUGGGAGAUUGGAGCAGCAUAGCACCAAAACCGAUCCAUCCAGCAGCACUGCAGACAAUUCUGUUAAAAACCUGGGACUUGGUUUAUUUAUUUUAUUAUUAUUAUUAUUUUUUUUAAUUCUGCCAAUAUAACGCGGGGACUAAAGCGACAGGAAUAAGGGGACUGCUGUUUAUCACUCACUCGGAAACUGCAGUAGAUGCUCCAUGCCAUCAUGAUCAUCUUGUCGUCCCGCAGUAUACUGCUGUCAGUGUAUUACCCGCAGAUAUUCCUCAUCCUCACAAGCGGUAGUUACCUAGCUCUGUCCUCCGUGGUGGCUUUAGGUGCCAACAUCAUCUGCAAUAAGAUCCCUGGCCUGGCCCCUCGACAGCGGGCAAUCUGCCAGAGCCGGCCUGAUGCCAUCAUCGUGAUCGGGGAAGGUGCGCAGCUGGGCAUCAAUGAGUGUCAGUACCAGUUCCGAUACGGCCGGUGGAACUGCUCCGCACUGGGAGAGAAGACAGUGUUCGGACAGGAGCUACGAGUAGGCAGCAGGGAAGCAGCAUUCACAUACGCAAUUACGGCGGCUGGGGUGGCGCAUGCCGUCACAGCCGCCUGUAGCCAGGGUAACCUCAGCAACUGUGGCUGUGACCGGGAGAAGCAGGGCUACUACAACCAGGAGGAGGGCUGGAAGUGGGGCGGCUGCUCAGCAGACAUUAAAUAUGGCAUUGAGUUCUCCCGAAGGUUCGUAGACGCCCGAGAGAUUAAAAAAAACGCAAGGAGGCUGAUGAACCUGCAUAACAAUGAAGCAGGAAGAAAGAUUCUUGAAGAGAGGAUGAAACUGGAAUGCAAAUGCCAUGGUGUUUCGGGUUCGUGCACAACUAAGACUUGCUGGACGACGCUGCCAAAAUUCCGGGAGAUUGGAUAUAUCUUAAAGGAUAAAUACAAUGAGGCGGUCCACGUGGAAGUUGUGCGGGCCAGUCGCCUUCGGCAGCCCACGUUCCUCAAAGUGAAGAAGACCCGGAGCUAUCGCAAACCCAUGGAGACGGAUCUAGUGUACAUCGAGAGGUCACCUAACUACUGCGAAGAGGAUGCCAGCACUGGAAGUGUGGGGACCCAGGGACGUCUUUGCAAUCGCACCUCGCCUCACACCGACGGCUGUGACUUGAUGUGUUGCGGACGGGGUUACAACACACACCAGUAUACCAAAGUGUGGCAGUGCAACUGCAAAUUCCAGUGGUGCUGCUUUGUGAAGUGCAACACGUGUAGUGAGAGGACGGAGGUGUUCACCUGCAAGUGAGGUGGUGGGUGGGGUGAGGAAGGGGGGGCGACGACUUCACACAACACAUCAUUUCAGACCCAGAAAAAAAUAAGUGGAAUAUAACAACUCUUCACCGUAUCACUUUGCACAGCAACUUCUCUAUUUGUGGAAAAAAUAAACAAAUAAAUAAACACAAACUGGUGGGACAACCCCUCCACCCCUUUUGUUAGGAUGAUGUAUUUUGAUGCACUGAUGUGUCCACACUGAUUGGAGAUACAAUGGUAGGAUACAAAUGGUGCCAGAGCACGCUUUUACAGUGCGCUCUGGGAGUUGUAGUUCAUUACUCUCACACAAAGUUCCAUGUUUGUCAAAGAAACAGUAAUAGGCUCAACUACAACUCCCAGAAUGUCAAGAACCAUGACAAUUGCUGCGUAUUUUAUAGAACACAACUAAAUGACUGUAACGAUUCCUUAGUAUUAUGAUGACUCUUUUAGUCUAACAAACCUUCUAAGGUUAAUUGGGCAAAAAAUAUCGUUUAAAAAAUGCACCAACUGGAUAACCUGGAGCUGUGUAAAAAUGAAGAAAGCUUCUUUAGCUUUGCGCCUCAGAGCAUUGAGGGCAAAAAUUCACACAAAUGUAAAAUAACCUUUAAUUCUUCUCCUGUCAGUUGGAGAAUGGCAGAACAUGUUAGCUGUCCAGUCACACUGGAACUGUUUGUUUGAACACUGAAAAUAAAUUGUUUAUUUAUGUUAUAGUAUCUUAAAACAAAGCACUAACGGGUAGAGAUGUCUUAUUUUGUACUAAAUGUAAGAAAAAAAAAACUUUUUUUAGAAACUCUGACUUACAGUGCUUAUCUUUUUUGAAUUCCUGACAUUUUCAUUGCUAC